AUGGCCUCGUCCUCAAGGAUAGGCCUCGGAAAGAAACUCUGUCGCCCUCCAUUCCCGGCUGGGUGGUCAUCGAUCCAGAUGAGUCCCGGCAACCUCACCCUGGCCAACACGCUGCCGGUAGGCCAGUCCUUUCUGUGGCAUCGACACCUACUGCCAGACAUGACGGAGGAGUACUCUCGGGCGGUCGACAAUCCCCCGCGUGUCGUGUGUCUUCGACAGUCACCUACUUCACUGUACUUUACGGCCAUUCACCCGACACCCGAGGCGUCUGAAGCUGACCGCGUCUCUGGCCUGACCCUCAAUUGGCUUGUAGACUACUUCCAGCUGGCGCGCUACCCAGACCUCGAAGCGCUGUACUCCGACUGGCGAGCACGAGACCCGACCUUCUUCGGCAAGGUGGAUCUCGGUGAGCGAGCGGUUGGCGUCCGUGUGUUGCGGCAGGACACUUGGGAGACGCUUGUUGCCUUUAUCACCUCGACGAACAACCACAUCCCGCGCAUCACGUCGCUCAUGCACCGCCUGUGUGAACGGUUCUCUUCACCCCUCCUUGCGCUCGAUCAUCCAUCCGAGGAGGGCGAGAUCGUGUACCGUCUCUUCCCGGGGCCUGAGGCGUUCCCGACCAAAGGCCUCGAACCAAUCCUCCGCGAGCUCGGGUUCGGGUAUCGCGCAGGCUUCCUCGAUGCGACGCUGGAUGUGCUGCGCUCCGAAGGACCCGUGGUUGAGGCACUCAACGCCAUGCGCGGGGGCGACCUUGCAGAUAUCCGCGAGCGCCUCGUCCGAUUGAAGGGUAUUGGGAAGAAGGUCGCCGACUGCAUCGGUCUCAUGUGCAUGGACCAGCCCUCGCUCAUCCCUGUUGACACACACAUCUAUGCCAUCGCGGCACGACACCCAUCCUUCCCGUCGCAACUGCGCAAGAAGACCAUGAGUCCUGCGCUGUACGACGACAUUCAGGCAUUCUUGACCGAACAGUGGGGGCCACUUGGAGGAUGGUGCCAGGCUGUCGUGUUCGCGGCGGACCUGAAACCUACUACACCCAAGGCAUCGCGCUCGGCUACGCCCAAGAAACGGCCAUCUGCGACACCAACGCCGACGCCAAAGAAACGGAGGUCGUCGGUGGAGGAGAAGACUGAGGAGAAGCUGUCCGUCAGUGCAUCCCCGCCACUCCAGCCGUCGACGAAGGCAUGCGCAAACGAUUCGAAAGCCAAAAGUUCGAUGCUUGAAUUGCCAGAGGGGUUGAAGGCUGAGCUGCUGGAACUUCCUGAGCGCAAGAGACCCAAAAGGAGUGUCACAGCCGUGUCGUACAAGAUCAAGUAG